AUGGCUCAUCUCGUUAAAAGAGAUUUACGAAUAAAAUUCUACUACUGUUAUUACAACCACUACUACUACCACAACCACUACUACCACCACAACCACUACUACUACCACAACCACUACUACCACCACAACCACUACUACCACCACAACCACUACUACCACCACAACCACUACUACCACCACAACCACUACUACCACCACAACCACUACUACCACCACAACCACUACUACCACCACAACCACUACUACCACCACAACCGCUACUACCACCACAACCGCUACUACCACCACAACCGCUACCACCACCACAACCGCUACCACCACCACAACCGCUACCACCACCACAACCGCUACUACCACCACAACCGCUACUACCACCACAACUGCUACUACCACCACAACUGCUACUACCACCACAACUGCUACUACCACCACAACUGCUACUACCACCACAACUGCUACUACCACCACAACUGCUACUACCACCACAACUGCUACUACCACCACAACUGCUACUACCACCACAACUGCUACUACCACCACAACUGCUACUACCACCACAACUGCUACUACCACCACAACUGCUACUACCACCACAACUGCUACUACCACCACAACCGCUACUACCACCACAACCGCUACUACCACCACAACCGCUACUACCACCACAACCGCUACUACCACCACAACCGCUACUACCACCACAACCGCUACUACCACCACAACCGCUACUACCACCACAACCGCUACUACCACCACAACCGCUACUACCACCACAACCGCUACUACCACCACAACCACUACUACCACCACAACCACUACUACCACCACAACCACUACUACCACCACAACCACUACUACCACCACAACCACUACUACCACCACAACCACUACUACCACCACAACCACUACUAA